CGGUGGGAUUGCAACUGACUCCUUGAUAGGAUAUUCAACUGCUUUCCUUUAGACCUCGCUGCCGAAUUGCGUAUACUACAUGCAUGCCGAUGACGUGACGAGUCAAAUGUACAUUCCAAGAUGGCGACCAAGUCGCUGUGAAUAGUACCUGGUCUCCUUAGUCACAAAGACGGGAUACCUCCAGUCGAUUCUUCAAGUCUAGGUUUGAUCUUUCGACGUGACAUACGUGUUCGAGAAGCAAAGUUGAAUUCCGGGAGGUCUAUUGCCUACGUUUGUCAACUGAAACGGCCGCCAUGAGUCUCCUGACUGCGAUUCUGCUGACAACUCCUGUGAAACUCCACCACACACUGAUCAUCUAAUUCACAGGAUCCGUGCACCAGGUGAGGUUUCUCGAUAGGGUUCGAUGAUAUCACACCUGCAAUUCGUUGGCGUCGGAUAGGAUAUAAAGAGGAGCUGUACCACCAGCCUUCGAACAAGGGUUUCAAUCCAACUCUCAAGUUCUUGAACCAUCUUAUACUUCACUACUAUGGACACCUCUCCUGAAACGCUAACAUCCCUGUUCCCAGUACCUUCACCUUCGCCUAAGAAUUUCGGGCUUGUGCCGACUCGAAUUCCUGGACUCACGUACGAUUCCGCACAAGCCCUUCUAGAAUGCCUCAAAGACAACCAUCGCAAAAGACACAUAUUCUUCAACGACAGGCAUUUUCACAAUCACGCUUCCCACCAUCUUUUAGCGAUUUACGCCCUUGGCGCGGACCGCAAGCUGCUGCAAACAGCAUAUCAAACGCAUGUUAUCUAUCAGCGUCCGUCAUUCCCCUCCCCAGGAGAAAUUACUGUAGAGAAUUGGAAAGACCACUUGGGAAACGACAAAUACUACCAAGCGUAUGUCACCUUUUUCACAGAUCUCCUCCUGGAAAAAGGAGGCGCCACCGUCUUCGAGGAUUAUAUUCUCUCCAAGAAUGCCAAUUUGGCAGUGGGGCCUAACAGCCAAGAGCCUCCAUACUUGCUAAGCCGGUAUCUGGGAGGAUUCCUUCACCCUCUCAUUCAUACCGGCUAUGGUGCCGAAUUUGGGCAGCUGGGCAUGUGGGCAGAAGGAUUGGCUGAAGCGUGUGUUCAGAGUCCAGACCCGCCAGCUCUAGUUCCUGAAUCUCUUUUCGGUGCACUUGCUCCCAAGGCAGGGGGACUAGUCUCUCAACUUACUUCUCUCGCUCUUUCCUCUUCUCCGACUUCUCAGGGCAAGACUUCGUCUCCGCAUGCACUGGCUAUCCUAGCCCAUGUUGCUGCCGAUCCGGCAUUCAAGCCAUCUGCAAUUGGCUUGCCUCCUCCUGACGACGCCAAUGAGAAUUCGCUCCAGCGUGUUGCUCGGGUGGUUGGCGAUAAAUUGCUUGGAUUCUUGAAUGAAUGGACUGUCGAGUCCGACCAGCAGGACUUGGAGAAGAAACUGGAGGAAGUCUUUUGGAUGAAUGCCUUAAUAUAUAGUGUUGGGGGAUGGAGUGGUAGAGAGCAGGGCGGAGAUGAGAAGAAAGAAUUCAAUGGUGAUUUUUUCCUGAUGCAUCUUGUCACUUCGUCUCUCUUCCUCCCAUCUCUUAUAGCCCAGCUCAAACCUUCGUCUGCUGUUCUCUUGCUCCGCACCUACUUCGUGACUUCCCUCGCUCUGUACAUUGCCCGCGGACGUCCGGCCCUUCCGAUCGCCGAGUUUUACCAAGCAACGAACGCAGUUCCCGUCCCUCCAGGUGUUCACCCGACUCCCUGUGGCGUAACCUAUAAAGAACAACCUGCUUCAGACCACGAUCUCACGUCGCAAGACAAAGCAUGGGCCGACGCCACAAAAAUAAUCACGCCCAACCCUUGGCUUCCUAUCAUCCAAACCACACUCGUUCACCCUAAUGAACACUUGUGCAAACUCCAGCGAUCCUUGGCUCACUUCGCUUCCGAGUUUGGUCAGACAGCCCCCGGAACGUUUUCGUUCCUCGUUGGUCCUAGCGGACUGGAUGGUGCUGAUGUGCUGGAUGGUACGUUAUUCAUCAGAGCUGCUGGGUUGACUGCGAACAGGCUUGGAUGGAUGAGGGAGGGUCAGAAUGAACGUGGUUGGGAUAUGACAGGAUUCUUCCAGUAAUGAAAAAAAAUACGCGGUUAACAUGUAUUUAUAUCAGUUGUACUUGUAUUUUUCGUCCUUCGACUUGAAAUUAUUACUCACUUUCACCAAGGUCUACUCCGCAAGCGAGCUCUCCUUGUCUUGAACCGGUCCUGAUGAUACUACUUGCCACAUCAGAUGCCGGUAGCAAUCACGUAGUGACCUUGUAUCUGCACAUCGUCUCAGCUACUACUUGAUGAUUGACAACACAUGCCGAGACAUUUGUGAUAUAACAUGCUCCUACGACAUAAAUCAUUUUUUCUGAAUAUAGGAGAAUACAACCCAUAAAACAAUAAAUAAGUUCAUCCUUUGGAAACGGCAGAGAAAAAAUAGCAAACAUAUAAAGAAACCCCUAAACCCAUGAUUGGUCAUGACUCUCUUUCAUCCAACUUCUACGCAAAAUCAUCUGCCUUCCAAUCACCAGGACUACCUAUGCUCACUUCUGUCUCUUUAUUAAUCUGGACCUGCAGCGCGAUCAAUUUUGCAUUCCGUCCCGACCCACCAAAGCCUGACGAAGGAGACAUAGCAAUAUGCUCAGUAUCGUCUUGAGUCUGCCUUGUAGUACUUCCUCCGCUCGUAGUACUUUUAAAGAACUGGAAAGGUCGGGAACCACCGCUCCUUUGGGUGGACGUGGACGUGACGGAAGGGCGAUCCUUGAGGAUACCCAUUUUGAGUAGACGGAAGACACGACAUGCCAUGGCGUUUUGAAGCGCGACAUUCAUUGUAGCGCUGGGCGCUACAAUCAUUCUCCUUUCGGGCAUUGUAGUUCGUUGGACAAUGCCUAUGCGGUUUUUCCUCUGUCUUGUCCCGUCGGUGUUCCUUCUUAUCGAUCGCAGUCGUUUUCCACAGCACCCUAGUAGUAUAAAAUAGCAG